GCGCCACAGCUGUCUGCGAGCAUUGAGCUGCCUGGCGCCAUCCUGAAAGAAUGCCUUCACUGUAAAAAAAGAAAAGAGAGAGAGAGAGAGAGAGAGAGCGGGGUUAAUGGAGAAAGGUAGCAGCAGAUCUGAUCAGUGAGUUGAACUUGCUGGUGCCGCUCAGUGCGCAGCGCAGACUCAGCUCAGCGCUACUUGUUGAACCAGCCUGAAAACUUUCACAUCUUUUAUUUUUUAUAUCUGGUCACGUUUUGUCUGAGAGGAAAGAGUUCAGGAACUCUGCGCCGAACUGGAUUCCAUUUUGGCCGUGUUGGUGCGGCAGCGGCGUUGUUGCAUGCGGGGCUUCUGCGGGUGAUCGGAAGCGGCCGCGGAACCUGUUGGAUUUUAACGCAAACGGAUUUGGGACUGAUUAUUUCUUUGCUCCGUUUUUUUUCCACAUGAACUUUUACUGAAGAACAGAAAUAAUUAAAUCAGGUUCGAAGACAAAGAGCGAGCGAUGGAAGUAAGUGCGGACCAGCCUCGAUGGAUGAGCCAUCAUCCCGCGGUGCUGAACGAACAGCAUCCCGGCUCUCAUCACCCGGGCCUCGGCCACUCGUACAUGGACCCUUCGCAGUAUCCGCUGGCGGAAGAUGUGGAUGUACUGUUUAAUAUCGAUGGACAGGGGAACCACGUCUCUUCGUACUAUGGGAACUCAGUCCGAGCCGUCCAGAGGUACCCUCCUCCUCCACCCGGUAGCCAGGUGUGCCGCCCGUCGUUACUGCAUAGCUCGCUGCCCUGGCUGGAGGGCAGCAAAGGAAUCCCCCCCCACCACAGCAGCUCCCCCUGGAACCUCAGCCCCUUCCCCAAGAACCCGCUGCACCACGGCUCCCCGGCCAGCCUGUCCGUCUACCCCCCGGCCUCCUCCACCUCCCUGUCCACCGGACACUCCAGUCCGCACCUCUUCACCUUCCCCCCGACCCCUCCCAAAGACGUGUCCCCGGACCCGGGCAUUUCCACCCCGGGCUCCAGCAGCUCCGGGCGCCAGGAGGACAAAGAGUGCAUAAAGUACCAGGUGACCCUGGCCGAGAGCAUGAAACUGGAAUCAGCUCACAGCCGGAGCGUGGCGUCAAUCGGAGCAGGGUCAACCUCUGCCCACCACCCCAUCGCCACAUACCCACCCUAUGAAUACGGCCCAGGCCUCUUCCCACCAAGUAGCCUGAUAGGUGGGUCAUCUUCUAGUUAUGGUUCCAAAACGAGACCAAAAACAAGGUCCUGUUCAGAAGGCAGAGAGUGCGUGAACUGCGGGGCCACGUCCACCCCGCUGUGGCGGCGGGACGGUACGGGCCACUAUCUGUGCAACGCCUGCGGCCUCUAUCACAAGAUGAACGGGCAGAACCGCCCUCUCAUCAAGCCCAAGCGGCGGCUGGUACGUUCCUCCACCGACAUUUUCCUCUCUGCUGAUGACGUUUCCGUCUCUCUCUGUGUUUGUUUCCCCCUCUAUCCAGGAAGAAGUAGGCCUAUUAGCUGCAGGAAAUUGACUCGGCAAGUGCAGUCUGCAGCCAGGCGGGCAGGGACGUCCUGCGCAAACUGCCAGACAACGACGACAACGCUGUGGCGGAGAAACGCCAACGGAGACCCGGUGUGCAACGCCUGCGGCCUCUACUUCAAGCUGCACAAUAUCAACCGACCUCUGACCAUGAAGAAGGAAGGCAUCCAGACCCGGAACAGGAAGAUGUCCAGUAAGUCCAAGAAGAGCAAAAAGUCCCAAGACAACAUGGACGACUUCUCCAAGAGCCUGAUGGACAAGAGCAGCUCGUUCAGCCCGGCCGCCCUGUCCCGCCACAUGUCCUCCUUCCCCCCCUUCUCGCACUCCAGCCACAUGCUCACCACCCCCACACCCAUGCACCCCUCCUCCAGCCUCCCCUUCGCCCCCCACCACCCUUCCAGUAUGGUGACAGCCAUGGGUUAAGGCCCCAGCGCCCCGGGCUCCCCCAUCACCUCCACGCCCUUCGGUACCUCCGCUCCAGACUCUUCGGUUCGACCCAAGCGGGAUCCUUUCUCCUCGGUUCUGUCUUAUUUUUAUAAAACCCAAGUGUUCCUCUGCGAUGUAAAUGCUUUGCAGACUCGAAGUGACUGCGGCGCACUGACCUCCAGGGGGAAGGUUUCUGUUUUUCCAGCGGACGUUUCUCCUCCACCCGCCGCAGCCGCAGACCCCGCCCAACAUGGAGCUCCAUUGUGUAUAAAAAGCCAUUCCUCCACCGCAACACACCCAGUCCCUGCGACCCGCAUCUCCUCACCUUCUGCCUGUGAAACAGGACCCAUCCCUCUCUGCUUCCUUUCCUUUCCUCUUGUUCAGCUGAAGAAGAGGACAGACUGAUCAUAUUUGUACAAAUUGUAUGAAAUACAGUACAUUUAAUGAAGACUUUUUAAUUAAGUAAGAAAAAAAGAAAACUUGCCCCUGGGCAGCUAACGACUAGAAGGGUACGAGUCGCAGCAGGUGCAGAGACUCCACAGAGUCCCGGAGGAGAAAAAGAAGCGAGAGGGAAAGACUUUGAGACAGGGCAGGCCUCAGAUUUUGCCUGCAUGAAAUGUGUCGCAUUAAGUUUGCAGAGAUCCGGCGCCUCUGGCUGCCGGCUUCUCUCUUAUUUUAUUAGAUUUUUUUCCUUUUUAUUUUAUUUUUUGGAUGUGCUAUACGUCUAGGGCAAUUGGUUUUGUUGAAGCGCUCUCACACACACACACACACACGCACACACACAUACAUUGGAUCACCUGAAAGACUUUCUUUCUGCCCACAGAUUAUAUGCAUUGUGAAAAAAGUUCCUGUAUUUGUUAUUUGUAUGUAUAAAUCAGAGUACCAAAAAUACGAAAGAAACAAAGAUGUAGAAUUAUUUCUUUAUGUUAUGCAGACUGAAUGGUUGUAAAAAAUUAAUAAUAAUCACUAGUGUAAAAUAUGACUGCUUUUUUUGUUUCGUAUUUUUUUUCUUUUUUUUGCUCUUUGAAAAUAAUAAACUAGUUUAAUCUCUGUUGACAUGUUA